CUGGUAACUCGGGACAUAGAUUUGUUUCAAGUAUUUAAAACAAAUGAGAAAUGUCUUUCAUACAGACACUUUGGAAAUGUAAUUUUGGUCCUCGACUUUUUAAAGUUUAUGAAAUAACAUGUAUUGGUCAUCUGGUAGAUAAAUCAUACGAGCCUAACAGUUUAGAACGAUGGGGUGAUCAAAUCGUAAUUUGGUUUGCAGCAAUUUGGUCAAUCACUUUAUAUGUAAUCCCAUUUGUGGUUAUGUUUUUCCAUCAACAUUCUAUAACUGAGAGUAUUUCUUCUUUGAGUAAAUUAGCAACUGGUGCUAGUGCAAUUUUCAUUACAUCAUUAGCUGCUCGAGGUUAUUCUAGAGCCACCAAUCCAAUAUAUUUAAAAUUCUUAAAAAUACUUAAUGAAGCAAAUACACAUUAUAAUGCAAAAACAAAGCAGGAACUUGAUAAAUAUGAGUUUGAGUUUUGGGCAAGACCUGUAGAUUAUAAAAUUAAAAGGGAUACACUUAGUGAAAAGUUGACUUUAGAAAAAAUUGCAGCUUCUAAUGGCCGCACAAAAAGGCAAACUGGUAAAGAAUUUAUAUUUACAUUGCCUUGUAAAUUUAUAUCAUAUGUUGUAGCUCAUACUUUUGCUAUUAAGUUAAUAUAUCCAGGAAGUAUAUCAAUUCUUAACUGGGCAUUUCGAUCUACACUAUUGAAAGGAAGAAUGCAUUUAAUAAAACAUGGUGGAGAAAGGUACAAGUUAUUGACUGCAGAUGAUAAUGAAAUUGAUGCCAUAUUUAUUAAUCGACGUAACAAAACAACAAAAGGCAAUAUAUUAGUUAUCACAUGUGAAGGAAAUUGUGGAUUUUAUGAGACUGGUAUUAUAUCAACUCCUUUGAGUAAAGGAUAUUCUAUAUUAGGUUGGAAUCACCCAGGCUUUGGUAGUAGUACUGGCGCGCCGUAUCCUCUCCAAGAAGAAAAUGCUAUCGAUUGCGUAAUGCGAUUUGCAAUCGAUCAUUUAAAAUUUCCCGAGGAACAAAUAAUUCUUUAUGGUUGGAGUAUUGGUGGAUAUACUGCAACAUGGGCUGCUAUGAAUUAUCCUUCUAUUCAAAGUUUGAUACUGGAUGCUACAUUCGACGAUAUACUUCCAUUAGCAAUUAUGACAAUGUCCUCAUUGUUAGAAGGUUUGGUACGAAAUAUUAUUAGGAACUAUUUCAAUUUAAAUAUUGCUGAGCAAUUAAAUAGAUAUGAUGGCACAAUAUUGCUUAUACGAAGAACAAAAGAUGAAGUGGUAUGUACGCCUAGUGAUAAUACUUUAUCAGGAAAUCGAGGUAACAUGUUGCUUUCAAAACUUUUCAUGCGACGUUAUCCACAUCUUCUUUUGAAAUCUUUAGAGUGUGCUGUACUUUUAGUGAGAUUUUUGUCUACAGAUAUAUCUGCUCGAAAAUCGAUAAUCGAGAAAGUAAAGGUUGAUGAAAAACAGUGUUUAGAACUUAUUGCGGCAGAUAUAAAAAACAGUGGUGGUAUUGUACACUAUCCCUCUACUCUUGGACAAGACUGUGAUUCUAAAACAAAAUUCCAACUCACUCUAUUCCUUGCAACAAUGUAUAUGAAGGAUCAACCAUCAUCACACUGUACUCUAUUAGCAGCAGAUUUGUUUCACCCUGGUUGGAAUCCUGCAUCUGCACUGUCCACAACAGAAUGAAAGUUUCAUUAUAUUUAAUUGCUAUAAUCAAUUGCUAGAAGUUUUAUUAAAAAUUCUCAUUUUUAGAGUAAUAAGAACUUCUAAGAAU